CUCCAAAUUCUGACCUCAAAGGGACGCCGCCGCCUCGCUUUUGCACAGAUAUCUUAAUCUGUAUUUAGAUAUAUUAAUCUGUAGUUGCGGAUUAAUUGGAAAGUGCGUGCCAUCGAAUUAUAUCGCAGAAUGAGUGGUAAGGGGCUGAACAUUGUCAUACCAUUGGAACCAGCCGCGGAACAAGAGGAAACAACUAAAACCGCUCGUCGGACGCUGAAGGAUGUACAAAACGUUGUGGCAUCUCAAAAGGAAAAUUUAAGCUCGCACCACCUGAUGGCUCAUGCUAUGUCGAAGGAUUUGCUUCUUCCGCCUAGCAAGGUAACUUCGGAAGUUAAGACAGUGAAAACAUCAAUUUCUAGGGCGACGCAAACUACUUUUGCAGCGGAGACCAAAUUAACCGAUGCAGAUAUAAGCGGUGAGAUAGCACAAAAGCUGGAUGAAAAGAGAAGAAAUGCACUGCAAGAAACGCUGAAGGAGAAUCAAGAACUAACCAUGAAAGUUGAGAUGUUGGAAAACGAGCUUGCACAUGCCAAAGGAGUUAUAGCUCAUUUUGAAGACCUGGUAGGAGUUAUGAACGAAAUGUUAAGUGAAUGUUCCUGCCAACCCUCAACAAGUGGAGAGAGUAGUUUUUCUACAAAAGUAACCGACAGUGUUGCUGAAGGCGACAGUGGCAUUGCUCCGAAUCUUGACCCGGAUAGUGACGAAAGUGAGGAGUCGUCUAAGCAGUAAAUGCGAAUAUUAUAGACGAAUAU